AAGAAGUCACAACCUCACACAGCUACUGAGAUUGAGACUGACUGAGCCACCACCAUUCUGCACUCAGUUUUUGCUGCCCAAUUAAGCUUUCAUGCUCUAUCCACACCAUGAAAUCUAUAACCUCUUCAACCAUAUCCCUUCACUUUCAACCUUUCCCGCCAAACCCUCCUAAAACGUCGUCGUUUCGGAGAGCCCCGAGGCAGCAACCACCGCCGCCGAAGCGCCGGAGGAAACCCAAAACGCCGCCGAUUUUCACCGAGAAGGACGCAUUUCCGGAGUCCUUACCACUUCACAACAAGAACCCACUUUUCGUUUACAAAGACAUUCAGAAUUUCGCAAGGCAAAACAAGCUCCCCCAGGCUAUCACCAUCUUGGACUACCUCAACCACGAAGGCAUUCCCGUCAACCCCACCACCUUCGCUGCCCUUAUCACCGCUUGCGUCCGUACAAAGUCUCUGGACCACGGUAAACAGAUCCAUACGUUUAUUCGGAUCAAUGGGCUCGAGAAAAACGAGUUCUUGCGUACUAAGUUGAUUAAUAUGUAUACGGCUUGUGGUUCGGCCGAAGAUGCCCACAAACUUUUCGAUGAAAGUCCUAGCAGGAGCGUUUACCCUUGGAAUGCAUUACUCAGAGGCGCUGUGGUCUCGGGUGGGAGGAGAUAUCGGGAUGCUCUGCGUACUUAUUUUGACAUGCGGGAGUUGGGGGUUGAGUUGAAUGUUUAUACUUUCUCUAAUGCCAUCAAGAGCUUUGCGGGUUCGACGGCGCUUUUGCAAGGUUUGAAAACUCACAGCCUUUUGAUUAAGAAUGGUUUUAUUGGUAGUGAAAUGCUGCGGACGAGUUUGAUUGAUAUGUACUUUAAAUGUGGCAAGAUUAAGCUUGCAAUCAAAGUGUUCGAAGAAAUUGUUGAAAGAGACAUUGUUGUCUGGGGAGCCAUGAUUUCUGGUUUUACGCACAAUAGGCUGCAAUGGCAAGCGUUGGAGUGUUUGAGAUGGAUGGUGGAGGAAGGUUUAAGGCCAAACUCGGUCAUAUUGACCAUUAUUCUUCCUGCAAUAGGUGAUAUUUCGGCCUUGAAACUCGGCAGGGAAGCUCAUGCUUAUGUUCUGAAGACAAAGAGUUAUUCAAAGCAAAUAUUCAUUCAGUCUGCCUUGAUUGAUAUGUACUGCAAGUGUGGGGACAUGGAAAAUGGAAGACGGAUUUUCUACCUCUCAAAGGAGAGGAAUGCUAUUUGUUGGACUGCUUUGAUGUCGGGUUAUGUUGCGAAUGGGAGACUCGAGCAGGCAUUGAGAUCAGUUGUUUGGAUGCAGCAGGAAGGAAGCAAGCCUGAUGUUGUAACAGUUUCCACUAUAGUUCCGGUUUGCACAGAGUUGAGAGCUUUGAACCGAGGUAAAGAGAUUCAUGCUUAUGCCGUCAAAAAUUGUUUCAUGCCUAAUAUAUCUAUAGUGUCUUCCUUAAUGAUGAUGUAUUCGCGGUGUGGUGUCUUGGACUAUUCUGCAAGAUUGUUUGAUGGUAUGGAGAAGAGAAAUGUGAUCUUAUGGACAGCCAUGAUCGAUUCAUAUGUCGAAAACCAUCGUCUAGAUAAGGCACUUGGAGUGAUUAGAUCAAUGCUGCUAUCCAAACACAGACCGGAUUCUGUAGCAAUAGGAAGGAUGCUAAGUAUUUGUGGUGAACUGAAAAACUUGAAGCUUGGGAAGGAGAUUCAUGCCCAAGUUCUGAAGAAAAAUUUCGAGUCAGUUCAUUUUGUUUGUGCAGAAAUUGUGAAAAUGUAUGGGAUUUGUGGAGUAAUUAGUUAUGCAGAUUUGGUCUUCGACACAAUCCGGGUUAAGGGUUCAAUGACUUGGACUGCAGUUAUAGAGGCCUAUAGAUAUAAUGGUUUGUACAAGGAAGCUGUUGGUCUGUUUGAUUUGAUGAGAGCCAAAGGUUUCACUCCAAACCAUUUCACUUUCCAAGUGGUUCUUUCUAUCUGUGAAGAUGCUGGAUUUGUUGAUGAUGCUUGCCGGAUUUUCAACUUAAUGACUCGUAAAUAUGAAAUCAAGGCUCUUGAAGAGCAUUAUUCUUUAAUGAUUGGACUUCUUACACGUUUUGGUCGCACUGAGGAGGCUCAAAGAUUUAUCCAAUUGAGUUCUUCUUUAUCAGAAUAGAAGGCAUUAUAAGAGCCUUCUUUCUUUACAAGCAAAGAUUCAUCAAGUAGCUUCUAAUGCCCAAGUGUAUAGAUCUCUUGUAAUUCAUACUGAUUUGGUGGUCAUAAUGUCUUUUGUCAUAAUUGUAUUUAUAGUUACUUGUUACUAAUCUUUUAA